CGGAUUUCUGUGAUGCUGCGAGGGUUUGCUCCGCGCUCCGGACUCCUCCUCUGACACGGUGCACCCACCGCAGCCUCUGACUGCCAAACGGACCCGGAGACACCAGAGCCGCCAGGAACCCAGCGUGUUCAACCGAAACCGGGAAGCGGCCUCCUACCAGGCUUUCUUUUGUCUGCUAUACCAAAUGUCCAUCUCUGUGGAUAAUUUGCUGCUGGCGACCUCAAAUCACAUACAUGCGCAACAAGACUCUAGUCUGACCUUAAAUUCCAUUGACCGGUUAAUGCGAAAUUCAUUGUACCUGACUGAGAAGGACAGCUAUCCUGAUCGCGUGUUCAUAAACGCAGCAAAGAUCUUCUAUAGCAUUCAUGUGAGGAAACCUCCAGACAGGAUCCUGGUGAAGUACGGCUGUGGCCUGCAGCUCUCCUUGCCGGAAUAUGAAGAUGAAAAAUUGAAGCGCUGGUCCUAUGAGCUAGCUUUUAAUUCAGUUAAAUACCAACACCUUAUUGAAACCAUGUUAUUGGAUAGUGGUUUCUACCAUUCUGGAGAUCUGGCGGAGGAUAUGAGCAGUUUAGUUGUGGUGAUGCUGUAUGAUUUCCAGGACCGCAAAUUCCAGCCUCGUUAUAUAUAUAAUAAAGAAGACAUCAUACAAGAAGUGCAAGAAGUUGAAAACCUUCUAUUUAGGUAUAAAACCAGGCUUGCUGCUUCCUUGGCAAGAUUUCGUAUCAAACAUAAUGCACCGACUAUUAAACACAUAUUGCCUGAGAGCGUGCAGAAGCAGGAGCAGAGAGCGUCUCAUGUACCACUCUAUGCCUGGAUGAAUACCGCCAAAGCCAGCUCCACCGAUGUUUUCAACACAUUGGAACAAAAGGGUUUCAGUAAAGUGGACUCCCCUUCGGAAUUUGAUGGCUAUAACUAUUGCAUAGACAAUCACUGCCAGGAUUUACUUAUCUUCCCUGCACAGCUUAAGGAGGAACUCAAUAAACUGGAACUUUUCGCCGAUUACAAAAUCGUAUUUCAGGACAAAUCACAGAGUUUGGCGGUUCAUUCUGUAAAAGCGUUAUUGAAUUUAGAUGAUGACAUCAUUGUAGCCGACCCUAUUCCAGGAUUUACUCUAGCUCACCUGUCAGCGCUGACUCACCAGAACUCCUGCAACAUUUAUGUUUGCGGAAUUAAAUCUGAGAAAAAGAAGGAAGAACUGGAGGAACUGUUUGCAAACAUGGAAUGCAAGAACAUUACGAUUCUUACAGAGACUUUCACUGACAUCAACCCGGCUGACAAGAUGCUACGAAAAGCAAAAGUGAUUAUGUUGAUGCCGCAGUGCUCAGGAUCUGGAGUCAGUGAUCCAGUAGACUUUGUUUUAAGUGGACUAGGAGACCCCGCAUUGCUGCAGGAUUUUUCUCAAGGAUUCCCAGCACCAGAUAAAAUCUGUGUCCUUGCAAAUCAUCAGCGAUCGGAGAUGAAACAUGCGAUGGAGUUUAGUAGCGUUCAAGCCAUCGUCUACUGCACUUCCUCCAUUAAUCCAGAAGAAAAUGAGAAUGUGAUAAACUAUGCUUUGGAACUAAAAUCUGAGGACACCCGAGUAAAGUCAUAUAGGCUCAGCCCUCCUGUGAUCCCUCUAUGCUCAGGCGAGGAGGUUGUAUCUGCUUCUGAUAAUUAUUUUAAAAUUGAGCCAUCUGAUACCACCAAUGGGUGUUUUAUUGCUGUCUUGGCACGGGAGAAGGAUAAAUCUAACUGUUUAUCUGCGAAAGAUGUUUUGGCUCGAGCUGCUGCGAAGGGAUUGCUUGAGGGUGUGAAAACAUCAUAUAAAAAGGAGGACAAGAAAAGGAAAAAACAGAAAGAAAAAGCUGCGACGGUAAAAGCCACGACACCAAAAGCCACCUCAUCUUUUAAAGAUACACAGACAGCCAAGCGAAGGAAGGAGGGGAGAAUAAUUGUUCUGAAGCCAAAGCAGAUAGUACUGCCUCCUUUGAUGAUGCCGUUUUCCAGCAAGCAGUCGGUAGGCCCAGGACGGAAUCCUGUUCCAUAUGUGCAGGGCUGGGACGCUGGGCUGAGGGCCAACUCACACCAUUAUUUCAUCCCCACGGUGUCUAUGGUCAACAAGCCCAAAGCUACACCGCCUUGCAGUACGCUCCAUCAUCCCAAGCCUUGGCACUGAAAACCCAAACUUUUUCACAUGUAAUCUCUUCAUUUUCUAAUAAACACAGAAAAACAA